AUUUGCAUAAUCAAUUUCAUUAUCUUUUCAGGUUCAUUGAUAAAUUUAGAGCUGGUGGAACUUAAACCAAUUUCUUGAGCCAUUGCAAUACAAGUUGAAGAUAGCUAAACAACUCCAAGAUUCAAGCUCAGGUUGAAAAGAGAAUGAAUAAAGCAGCUGGAUAUGUUUUCAUGGUUCUUAUGAUCGGAUCUGUAGCACUACUCGGAAGAGUUCGAGCAGACCCGAGAGCCCAAAUACUGAACAUGACAUGUGUCCCUGAAAGGGAGCAUAACUCAACCAUAUUCGUUCCCAAUUUCAUUUCUUCAAUGGAGAAAAUCAGUGAUGGUAUGCGGCGGUUCGGUUGGGGAACAGCAGUUACUGGUUCAGGACCUGAUGCUACCUAUGGACUAGCUCAGUGUUAUGGUGAUCUAUCUUUGACUGACUGUCCAUUGUGCUAUGCCGAGGCGCGUACGGUUCUUCCUCAAUGCUAUCCUUUCAAUGGUGGCCGAGUUUUCCUCGACGGUUGCUUCAUGAGAGCCUCAAACUAUAGCUUCUAUGAAGAGUACUUGGGAACAUAUGACAUGGUUUUGUGUGGGAAUGCAAGCCGCAAGGGAUUGAACUUUCAAGCAUCAGCGAGACGAGCAGUGUCGCAUGCGGUGGCUACUGCACUGAAUAAUGGAGGGUAUGCUAAUACUCAGGUGGCGGUUUCAGGAACAAAUGAGACAGCUUAUGUUCUGGUCAAUUGCUGGAGGACAUUGAACCGGAGUUCUUGUCAAGCAUGUUUCGAGAAUGCAUCAGCAGCAAUGUUAAGGUGCUUGCCAUGGUCAGAGGGACGAGCACUCUACACUGGCUGCUUCUUGAGAUACUCCAAUAUAGAUUUCCUCAAUAAAGAACCUGGACAUGGAAGUUCAAGAGGAAUCAUUAUAGUUAUAGUAGUUUCUGCUAUCAGUUCCCUGGUUGUUUUAGCUGUGUUAGCAGCUGCUGGAGUUUAUAUAAGGAAGCGCAGAUACAUACAAAAGAAAAGAGGUUCGAAUGAUGCAGAAAAGUGGGUGAAAGUCCUUCGUGAUAGUAACUUAAAUUUCAAGUACUCUACACUUGAGAAGGCUACAGGAUCGUUCGAUGAGGCAAAUAAGCUUGGGCAAGGAGGAUUUGGGACAGUUUAUAAGGGAGCUCUACCUGAUGGAAGAGAGAUAGCUGUCAAGCGGCUUUUCUUUAACAAUCGACACCGAGCUGCAGAUUUCUACAAUGAAGUCAACAUGAUAAGCAGUGUGGAGCACAAAAACCUAGUGAGAUUAUUGGGAUGUUGUUGUUCUGGACCCGAAAGUCUUCUCGUCUACGAGUUCCUCCCUAACAAGAGCCUCGAUCAUUUCAUCUUCGAUUCCAGCAGUGGGAAAGACCUUACCUGGGAACAGCGAUACCAAAUUAUCAUCGGGACCGUAGAAGGUUUAGUCUAUCUUCACGAGAACUCCACAAACAAAAUCAUUCACAGAGAUAUAAAAGCAAGUAAUAUUCUUCUGGAUUCAAAGUUCCGAGCUAAAAUUGCUGAUUUCGGUUUGGCAAGGUCUUUCGACGAAGAUCAGAGUCAUAUCAGCACUGCCAUUGCCGGAACAUUGGGAUACAUGGCUCCGGAAUACCUAGCCAAUGGGCAGUUAACGGACAAGGCCGACGUCUAUAGUUUUGGAGUGCUGUUACUUGAGAUCAUAACCGGAAAGCAAAACAACAGAAGCAAAGAGGUGGACCACUCAGACAGCAUAAUUGCAACCGCAUGGAGUCACUUUCAAUUAGGGACCGCCGAGGAGAUUUACUAUCCAAAUCUAAUGUUAAACGAUACCAGCCAAUGUAGUGAAGUCAAGAAUCAGAUAUACAGAGUACUUCAUAUCGGGCUUCUUUGCACCCAAGAGGCUCGAUCACUAAGACCAUCGAUGUCGAAGGUACUGCAGAUGCUAACCAAGAAAGACGAAGACCUCCCUGCACCAACUCCUCCUCCUUUUAUGGACGAAAAGACAAUGGAAUUCAACGACACGAGCGAACGAUAGCUAUCCACUCUAUGAAGUUGGUAAUGAUUCAAUUGCCACCAUGGAUCACAGCUCCUUCUACCCAAGAUGAUGUUUAAAGGCAGACGAAGGUGAAAGAGUAUAUUCUUACUUAAAAUACAAUUCAUAGUUUUGGUAAUGGGAAAGCUCUUGAGCAAAACAGCCAGGUAGAAUUGUACUAUUGUAAUUUGUCCUCAAAUUGCAGAAUGACAUCAGAUUAUUGUAUAAUGUACCAUGAAAAAUUUUGCUGAUAUGUAACUCUUGGACCGGUAUGGUCGUAAGUUCUGUGGU